AUGUUCGGCAGCUCGCGGAGGCAUCGGCCGCCCAAUCCGCCUUUGACCGCGGCGACUGCGAAUCCCAAUGCUGCCUCCGCCGCCGCCGCCGUCUUCAAGCGCAAUGAAGCUCAACAAGCCUCGAACCUGUCUGCCGCUGCCGCCACCGCCGCCCUCCGUGCCCGACCCAUCACCCCGACCAAUGUCGCCCAAGUCCAAACGAAGCGCACCGUCCGGCGCAGCGCCUCCGUGGCUUCCACGCGUACGAACCCCGAUACCCACGGAAGACCAAGCCUACGGCGCACCGGGAGCUCGAGCUCCAUGACCGAACGCACCUUUCGAAGCCCCAGUCCACACCACCGACCCGAUAGCAGAAACUCCGGACGGCGUCAGUCCCAGUCCAUCGAGGACUUACCCCCUGUUCCGGAAUUGCCCAGGAAUGUGGCCACAACCGUUGGAACGGCGGGGACGGGUGCGCCCCAGAAGAGUGCGCACCGCAAAACACAAAGCCUGGGCGUUGAACGCGUCCCAUCACAGAAACCGGGCACGGACGAUGGUCCAUCUUGGUUUGGGCCCGCCAGAGUGGGAGACUUGUCAAGCGUCCGAAGAACGGAUCCGGCAAUGGCAAGCCCACCAUCGAGUCCACCCCAGGUUGCGAUGCAUCAGGAAGAUCGGCCUGAAAGUCGGGCGUCAUCCAUCAAUUUCUCGUAUCCAGCCCGGGUUAGGGUCGGCUCACCGCCAGUAUCCCCGGCUGAUACCCGCAGCACCACCGACUUUCCGGCUCAAGAUUCCCAAUCGGCGGUCCAGCCCCAGCGGUCAAGGGGUUCCCUAUUAUUAGAGGCGGGGACCCCAUCCUCCACUCGACCGCGAGCCUCCUCCGCUUCUGCCGCAGACCAAGCAUUGGUCUACGAUCCCAAUUCCCGUCGGAUGAUCAGACGUUCCGACCUCCUCGCCGUUGAACACGCCAUCGUAGCAGCAUCGCAGCAACCUACCCGAUCCAAGAAGAAGAAACACCCUCCCAAGGCUGGGACACACCUCGCACAAGGCACCGUGGGUCGUACUAAGAGUAACGUCCCAACAAGCAACCCGACUGGUAAUACCGGUACCGCUACCACAACAAGGACAGCUCCACAGGUACAAGUACAAGCCCCUGUUCAACAGUCAUCACCUGUACAAGAUUCUCGCCAGGAGACAGAGGAGCAGUUACACUCGCGAUUUGCUGUAGCUUCGCCACCGACUGAACCUCAGCCGACUCAACAACCACAGGAAGAGGACUGGGAGUCUGAAGAAGAAGAAGAGGAGGAGGAAGAAGAGGGAGCCUUUACCGACCACCAUCAUCCAACAACGUCAACAUCAAUGGUCGUAACUACAGAUGGUCGUCCGAUGGUGAGGAGGCUGCCGUCCAUUGUGAGGGAGGAGCCAGAGUUGGAAGAGUCAGAGUCUGAUGAGACAAAUACGUCGAGGAUCUCAAGCGCUCUCGACUCGAUACCAUCCCGACAGAGGAUAGUCUCACAUAUCCGCUCGCAGUCAGAACAACAACCAAUACAGUCAUCUUCCCAAGCUAGUCAGCUACCAAUUCGGGCAGCUUCGGUGUCUCAGAAGAAGAACCAACCUACUCGGGCCUCCUCAAUAAGCCCGGCUCGCCAAGCACACUUUGGACCUGUUCAAGAUACUCUAACUGUUAGGCAUUCACCACCACCCCGAUCAGUCUCCCCACGAAAGUCGGCCCUUAAACAACCAAGCCCCGUCCGCGGCCCAUCGCCUUCUGAUCUCUCGUCGGAGGCCUCAUGGAGUACAGACCGGCCGGUGCAACGGAAGAAGUCCGUGCGGGUAAGCUUCGAUGAUGAAACUCAACCAGCCAUCGCCGAGCUUGGCCCCAAAGAGCGAUCGGUCUCACCACCUCUGGCUAGCCCUACCGGUAUCCGCCGAUGGGCAAACGCGGACUUGUCGGCGACACUCGACGAUGAGGAGAUGGCGAUGAAGCCACGACCGGCGCUUCCCAGCUUUGGCAGCGUGAGAAAUGUCAGGAAACCACAGUUACAGGAACCGAAAGAGGGCGAACGACCACUUCGACCGAUAGGGGAUGUUGCUUACGCCACACCAUACACCACGCCACUCCCCCUAAGCCCUGUAGCCGAAAGUUUUGGGCAAAGCAGUGACUAUGCUAUAGGUGGCAUGCUACAGAGAGAGCGUGAGGAACGGGUACGAAGUCCAGCUAAUAUCUCGAGGUUUAGAGAACCCCUUCCACCGGUGGUUACAUUGGUGGAGGGAAGUGGAUAUGCCAGCGACGACAGUGAUGGGUCGACCAGUCUUGCGUCCGAGAUGACAGGCAGCUUAUACGACUACCCGAGUUUCAUGGAGCCGCCACAACAACCGCGUCGCAACUCGCUAUCCUCGCCACAAACAUCUCCCGUUAAGACGGCUUUUCAGAAUAGAAAUGCCCCUGCCAUCGACUCGAGGUUUGUUGCUCAGGAGGAAGCUCGGCGGCGGAAUAGUGCUCCGAAUGUCCCAAUUAUCUCCUUGACACAGCCAACUCCCCAAGAGAGCCAGAACGAAGCGCCCAACUUUUUUGUGGAGGUUCCCGGCGGGUUUCCCGAAGAUUCGGAUACGUCCAAGAGUUCGGCCACUGGUGUUGAACAAGCUAUUGGACAACAGACGACAGGCACUCAAUCGCAGCCGGCAUCGGAAAGUGAAUCGGAUAACUCAAGUGUAUACGCUGAUGCCUAUGAGGAUCUUUCUGAGGCCGAAGGGGAGGGCUAUCAGUCACUCAAUGCUGUUUUGGACUUUCCUGGAGCCAACGACCCCCGCCAACAUGAAGUCCAUGACAACCCGUCGCCUCCCGAUCCGCCCCGAAGUCUUGUACCUGCACUUUCGACUGCUACCACGGCCAUUGGAUCUUAUUCUGGAGAGUCGCCUCAAGAGGACGACUGGGAGCGGGCCAAGGCUUAUUGGAGGAGUCUUACAGCUGAGCGAAGAGCCCAACUGGAGCGGGAAGCCAAGGAGGAUGCUGGAAUCGAAGGCGACAGGGAAGAGACGAGCGUCCCGGGAGAAAAGCCCAGGAGGAAGAAGUCGAUUGAGAAGAGGACUUCGGAAAGGCAUGCUUUGGCCGUGCAGAUGGCUCGGCAGAUGAUGCUCGAGCAGCAACAGCAACAGCAACAGCAACAGCAACAGCAACAGCAGCAGCAGCAGCAGCAGCAGCAGCAGCCGCCUCAGGAGGAGCAGGUCCGGAAGAAAAAGGCCAAGGGGAAGGCAAAGGAAACGGCAGCCUCUGCACCUGCUCGCGUGACCGCCGAACGUAGCUAUCAGAUCAAGCCUGGGACGAAAUGGGAGGAGCCUGAGGUUCCUGUAGUACCGGCGGCAUCGACAAUGACGAUGCGAACUACUAUGCGUAGUACGCCUCUUCAAUCCAAGGCUGCCCCCGUGAAGGACGGACCUCGCUUCCGCAAAUCCUUGCGCUCUGAACCUCCGGCCGACCGGCGAGCAUCUUGCCCAGAUCCUGCUCCGGUUCCUGCAACACCUCAGCCCACGAAACGAGAACAUCGUGCAGCCUCUGAUGCUAUGCUUCCGGCUCCCCGAGCCUCUACCAUUCGCCUAGCAAACACACACCAGUUACACAUCAAGCGUCGUGACUCUACCAGUAGCGAUAGCAGCUUCAAGCGCGCCCGCGCUAGUUCGGCAGGACAAGGCCUUUCUGCUGGCGGCUUUCCUAAGUCUCUCCGCCCGAAGUCUCCAACUGCUGGAUCAGUUGACAGCCGCGGAAAUGGCACCAAGUUUCUCACUUCUUUGCGAGCUACGACGCCUACCAAUUCGAACUCUAGACUUGACACACCGCCUUCUAGUAGGGGGACAAUGGGCUCGGGCAUGGGCAUGGGUGUGGGUAUGCGUACCACGCUUCGUGACUCUGUAGCAAACAGCGGUGGGAGGAGAAGUCCUGGUGGCAUGAAGAUGCCUACACUGGGAAAGAAGGGAGGCGCCAGUGGAAAGAAGAGGACAUCGAUUGGAAGUAAGUUCUCCAGCAGGUUCGGGGAUUCGAGCGAUGAGGAAGAUGCCGGGGUUGCCAGCAGAUUCAGAAGCCGGUUUGACGAGUCGAGUGACGAAGACGAGGUCGUGCCGCCGGUACCGGUGGUUUCGUCCGGAUUGAGGGGCUCGGCUUCGGCGCCUGUGGCAGCGGCUUCUCGGAGUAUGGCUCGGGGCAGUAUGCGUGAUAGACAGGUAUCUAUUGCUGAAGAGGAGGAAGGAGGGUAUAAUUACAGGGACGGUGCUUCUCAUGGUGAUGGUAAUGCGCGUGGAAGCGUUGGAUCCCUUGGCGGUCAUCAGAAAUUGUCGAAGACGGCAAGACUCGGUUCUGCAAUCGCGCCAGCGCAAGCCGGCUACGACAACGACGCAGCAGCGGGAGACGAAGAACUCCGUCGAACCCGCUCUGGCCGUGGCCAGAUUCUGCCUACGUCGCAGACAGCUUCUAAUGUUGGGACUUCUGAGGCCCCUGCGGCUGCCACCGAGCCGCACCGCCCCAAGCGUGGCCUGAUGUCUGUUUUCUCGCGUAAGAAGCACCAUCAUCAACACGUUCAGGAAAGUGCCGACGCCAUCGCUCGCCCCGAAGCACCAGUGGAGAGCGCCGUGAGGAAGGAUACCAAGCUAGAGAGGAGCAAAGCUGAGUUGAAAGGGUUGAGAAACCAAGGCCAAGUCGAUCAGGAUCGGCAGGUCGAUGUCGAGGAGAGGUUGCAAACUCCUGCUACCAUCGACACCAACAAUACCUCGGAUAUAAGCCCCAAAAGCCACCAUCCCCGCCUCCAUAAGCGGGGCUCACGAAUGCCCAGCUUUUCUCUUCCCGGCCGAAGCGAAAAGGCACCAUCACCGGUACAAGAAAUCAUGAACGAAGGAGGCAUUCCCAUGCCGGGAUUUAUUAGGAGAUCCGGCACCGCCACUGCCGCCGCUACGGGUGGAAGUCUUGGGACGAGGUCUAUCAGCGGUGGAUCUGGUCAGCCGAAUGGUCCAUUUGCUGUCGGGGUAGGGCCAAGGAGGGCUAGUACCGCCACCGCGUUGUCCGCAGCAGGCACAGCGGGCAACGAGAGAAUUCCACCUGUAAGGUCUGAGACUCCAACAGGCAAGAAAAAGAAGUUUGGCGCGUUGAGGAGGAUGUUUGGACGAUCGGAUAACGGCAGUGGGUAG